UCGCCCUAGCAGAGCUGGAUAAGCUGUUUGCAUGUUAUUUAGAGCGUUGGUGACUAUAACUGUGCUGCUGGCAACGAUGGAACCGUAGGCAUUUGUCUUCACUCUCCACUACGAUCUGCGGUUUGUGCUAUCUGAGGUGAGAUAAGCACCGGUGGGCAGCUUAGCAGUGUGAACUAUGGAGCAGAUAAAUGAUAUCCAGGUCAUUCCGUGCACCAGCUCCAAAUAUCUGAAACCAUUCAGGGUGCACUAUAGCCAGAAUGGGACAAAGAAAUCGUGGGACUUCAUGCGAACUCAUGACAGUGUUUCAGUGCUGAUCUUCAACACAACCUCGCACUGCUUCAUCUUGGUCAAGCAGUUCCGCCCAGCCGUGUACAUGUGUGAGUGGGAGAGGACCAAGGCACCUGAGCCAGCCGAGCAGGCAGCGGCGGUGGAGGAGGAAGAGGGGACUGUGGCUGUAGCCACUGCUGCCUCAGAGACUCCCAUCGGCGAGACUCCCCAGGAGGAGGCUGCUGCUACGGCUGGGGGCGUUGAGACCCCUCAGCCCACGGGCUCGGCGGGUAUGACCUACGAGCUGUGCGCAGGCCUGGUGGACAAGGCCGACCUGUCGCUGGAGGAGAUUGCCAGGCAGGAGGUGCUGGAGGAGUGCGGCUACGAUGUGCCAGUCUCGAAGCUGCGGAGGAUCACCUCAUACAGGUCCGGCGUAGGCGUGACGGGAGCCAAGCAGACCAUGUUCUACGCCGAGGUGUCGGACGAGAACCGCGUGGGCGAGGGCGGUGGCGCGCCUGAGGAGGGUGAGCUGAUCGAAGUGGUCAAGGUGCCCCUCCACGAGGCCAUGACCUUCGCCUACGACGAGAGCAUCCCCAAGACCAUGGGCGUCAUCUUCAGCUUCAUCUGGUUCCACAACAACAUGUCGCCCAAGUACAAGAUCUCCACCAACGUGUAACCCACCCAACCCUGUCCCUGCACACUUGAGCCUGAGGUAGAAGUUGCAGUUAACAACAGAUCUGGGAUCAGAAGAGCCUAACCCCAGGCCUAAUCUUGACCAACAGGGAUAUGGAGAAAAAUAUCUGACCCUGUGUCAGUGGUUAGAGACAACUUCAAUCUACUCCCAACACCUUUGCCUCUACCCAUUUCCAUAUAAAAUGGCCCCAUGGCGACCAUUUUUGUCUCGUUACUAACCGUGUUCUUUUUCGGGGGUUUGUCUAAUUUUCCUUUCUUUUUACAUGGUCUUAAUUACUUUUCCUCUAAAACUUGCCAUAUGCACUUUUUGUUUGUAUUACGUUUUCCUCACAGAGAGGCCACGAAGAUGGCUACAUCGCUCUUGUUCAGAGCUGCUCGCCUGCCGUUGAGUUGAUCAUGUUCCAGGAAUGCAAAAAUGUUGUUGCUUACUCAGUGCCAGGGCUUAUCACAUACGACGGUCGUUGCUGAGUCUGUUAAGUUACCACAGCUGGUCCAGGCACGCCUUGCUUACUUUCCCAGCCAAGCACUAACACACCUAAUUCAACAAAUUAAUGACUUGAUGAUCAGGUGAGUAACUGCUGGGCUAGAAAAAAAUGUUUUAUCCCAUUUUGGGUCCCCCAGGUCCAGGACUGGGAGACAAUUCUCUAAGCAAUACUUUGAUCGUUUGAUAGCUGGUUGUUCGAUCGUGGGCUAGAAACAAAUCAACAUUUCAUUUUGCAUAGGCGAUUAGAUAUGUUGUAAGCAUUGCAUUGAAUCCAGGGAUGUCACUACAGUAGUGUGUGCUCUGAGGUCACAAGAAAUUGUAUGUUCGAUAGAGGCUUCUUUUAACUACCACAGGAAUAUCACCUACCUCUACACUGAUGAGCUUUAUUUCAGUUACUAAUGUUGUCACAGUACCACAAUACUCUGUAUCGCAAUACUCAGAGGUAUAGCAAUAUUGUGAUACUACAAUACUCAUCACAAUACUACGAUAAUUCUGAGUAUCGUGAUACUGAGCAUUGUUAUAACACUAGUAACCACCAUAGGAUUAAUCGUGAUAUUGUGAGAACCCUCUGGUGGACAAUUGCUCUCACACUUAUACAUGCGUGUUAGCGGGAAGGCUUCACCGAUAUUGGCUGAGAACAAGAGCGUUUUUAUAUACAUCUCAGACAGUGGUGAGUUUUUUCCUAAUGAAGGAAGGGGAUGACGAGCCCCUAUGGGCCUCCGUAGAAUGGAGCAGAGUCAAACUGAGUUUUGUUUUGGGAAAUUGAAAAGCUAGCUUUUAACAUGUCGGAGGAAGUUUAGCAUGCGACUUAACCCAGAUUCCUGGAAUAGCACCCUGAGCCCUUAGUGCUGUGUUUUGUGAUCCCUUUUUGUUUUUUAACCUGACGCGGGGGGAAAGGUGGAAAGAGUUUUGUUGAUACCAGCACUGUCUGUGAGGCUCGAAGGAAAAUGGUUGCUCUUUUUAACUUGUGAAGCUGAGAGACAUGGCCCAACAGUUAGACAGACCCCCCUCUCCCCAAUGACUGUUUUGGCCAGACCUUUUCAAAACACCCCCAUUUCCACAGAACUUGACAACAGCAGCUAUCCAAGACUAUGGUGGUUUGAAACUAGGGUUGCAAAACGUUCCCAGGUUUUUCAGAAUUCCCGGAUGGAGGAUUCUCAGCUGGAGGAUUCCCUCCUCGAUGAUUCCCUCCAGUUUUACUAUAAAUCUUUCAAGCGGGAUUUCUGAAAAACCUAGGAACUUUGGGAAAGCACUUGCUUAACAUCUUAGGUCGAAACAGUUUUCCGCCCUUGAAGAGGUGACAUUCAGGGAUCACCAUUCUGCACCAUCUUAGCCAUAGGCUUUUUAACCCUUGUGCUGAUGACAAAGAUGUAGAAACAUUUCUAUACAGUUUGCCAAUAUCAUGAACUGUCAAAGUCCUAAAUGCUGAAUUGACAAAACUUCUCAAGAAAAAACUUUAUUUUGGCAACAUAUUAAUGUGUGGAUUCAUGUCCCCUUCCAAAUAAACUUGGUAAAGAUCAGUGGUAAUAUACUGAACAAAAAAUAAACGCAGCAUGCAAUAUUUUCAAAGAUUGUACUGAGUUACAGUUCAUAUAAGGA